UCGUUUCAUUCAUUCAUUGUAAAUUGGUCGUGUUUUGUAAAACAUACAUUCACAAUUUUGUUGCGCUGCGUGCUACUUUUAAAACUAAUAUUAAUUAAUAAUCAUUCAUAUUGAAUCUCUUUAACUAUUUCUGUGUAGUAAAUAUUAAAUUCAAAGUGUUGUGAAAAGUGCGGUGUUUUAUUUAUUUAAAAUAACAGUAAAAUGUAAUGCUAUUUGAAAAUGAAGUGCUAUUUCAAUGAAAGACUCAGCCAAGAAACACCAAUAUUUGUUAAAAGAUAAGAAGUUUGCAAAAUCGGGAAGAUGGAUGAUGAUGAGGCAGACUUGCGCGAACAGAUUUUCCACAACAACGUGAGGGAGCAAAUUAUUUUCCUACUACUAUUCAUCUUGCUGUACCUUGUAUCAUUCAUGUUGAUUGAGAAGUUCCGACGUCGAGACAGUGAGGAUUACUUUACUGGGGAUGAAGAUGAAGUUAAAGUGUACCGAAUCAGCCUAUGGCUGUGUACAUUCGCACUAGCCGUGUCACUAGGCUCUGCCCUACUACUGCCAGUAUCUAUAGUCAGCAAUGAGGUCCUCAUACUAUACCCUAACAGUUAUUAUGUCAAAUGGCUCAACAGCUCUCUCAUACAGGGACUAUGGAACCACGUGUUCCUGUUUUCAAAUCUGUCGAUGUUCGUGUUCUUGCCGUUCGCGUAUCUGUUCUCGGAGUCGUCAGGUUUCCCUGGAUGCCGGGGGCUGAAGGGCAGGGUGUAUGAGACCUUCAUAGUCCUCGCGUUACUUGGUGUUGCCAUGCUGGGCUUGGCUUACGUCAUCUCGGCGUGGUUGGAAGGCGACCGCUCCAGUAUUGAUGCUUUGCUUAAUUUGUGGACAUACCUCCCUUUCCUGUAUUCCUGUGUAUCGUUCGUCGGAGUUCUAAUGCUACUAGUGUUCACUCCGCUGGGCUUUGUUCGACUGUUCGGCGUGGUGGGCGGCGUGCUCGUCAAGCCGCAGUUCCUGAGGGACCUCAAUGAGGAGUACUACGUGUACUCGUUUGAAGAGGACACCAUCAGGCGACGGAUCAACAAUGCUGUCUCUACAGGAGUGGGCUACAUAUCGCCCGAGCCCAUGUACCCUGACCGCGGCGACAUAUCGGCGCCGGUGGACGCGGACGUGUCGAUAUCGAAGGACAGCCAGCUCGCGUCUCCUCGCGGCAAGGACACCACGCCGUUGCUGAGGCUGAGGAACGGCGCGUUGCAAGCGGGCCUCAAUGAUAGGCUGCAUAGGGUCGUGCAGAUGAGAAAAGAAGUAGAAAGCCAGCGCAAGACAUCAUCCCUGCAGCGCAACGUGGUGUACCCGCUGGCGAUGCUGCUGCUGCUCGCGCUCACCACCAUCACAGUGCUCAUGGUGCUGCAGAACACGCUCGAACUGCUCAUCGGAAUCAAAGCUCUACCGCUUAGCACACGGCAAUUCACUUUGGGCAUAGCGUCUCUGUCGAAGCUGGGGUGCGCGGGCGCGGUGCUGGAGGCGUUCCUGAUCGUGUACCUGUACGCCGCGUCGCUGACGGGACUCAGCACCCCCAUGCGAGCCUUGCGCGUGCUGCCGCGUGCCCGCCGCACCCCCCUGGCGCGCAUCAUCGCCCACGCCGCGCUGCUGCUCGCCUACUCCACCGCGCACCCGCUGCUCGUCAAGAUGCUGGGUAUAACGAACUUCGAUUUGCUGGGCGAGUUUGGGCGCAUCGAAUGGCUGGGCAACUUCAAACUCGUCCUCCUUUACAAUGCCAUAUUCGCGGGCACGGUGACACUGUGUCUCGUCAGCAAGUUCACGGCGAGUGUCCGCCGGGAACUCUACAACAGGUUGGUGGAAAACGUUAACACGGUCGCGCACUGUGUGUCUUUCCUCAACAACUGACGCGCCUCCGACGUCCUUUGUUCAUUGAAAUUUUAAUAUGUAAACACCUUCAAACAUUUUUUAAAGAUCAAUUACUGUUUCAAAUUACCGCUGAAUAAAAUUUUUUAUCAAUUAAAAUUGGAAAUUUUGUAAUGUAGAAUUUUCAUCUCAGAUCUGGAUCUAUAAUAGAUUUUUUAUAUAUAGCUCUUGAAAAUGAAUUUUAAAAAAUGUAGCUAGUUUUAGCUGUUCAAUACGUAAAAAUUAAACAAAGGAGACAAACGAUAAAGGUGGAGGUAUCGCAUUCGCAGCUGAUAUAGCUUCAACUAUACAGUAGUUGAAGCUCAAUGUAAUAAAUGACAAUUUUAUAGGUAUUAUUAAUAAUUAAAUUACUAGGUAUUUGUUUAAAUAAUUAAUUAAUUACAUACAUGUAACAUAAGUGUUCACUAUGGCAAAUGACAAAUUAAUAAAAAUAGUAGAAUCCACAAUAUUAUUAACUAACAUGGCAGACUUAUUGUAAGAUUAUUGCAUUUAUUUUCUACCAAUAAAAUUAUUUCUAUUUAUUUCGGUUCCUAUUUUAGUAUUUUAUUGUAUACAAAUUGUGUCAUAAUUACUAUCUGUAAAUUGUAAUAUUGUAAAGUUUUUGAGGAAAGACUCGCUAGUAUAAAUUUGUUUUUUUAUUACCAAUGAGACUGAAUUUGUUAAAGUUAUGAUUAGGAACAGGAGAUUAUUUAUUUUAUUUCGUUACGUCUAUGUAAUUACUAAAUGUGACUGGUGAAUGAAUUACAAUAAUUAGAUAAUAUUAUUUAAAUUAAACAAUUGUGUAUUAUUAUUGCCAUGAAUUAUAAAUGUUAAUACGUUUGAUACCACAAUUUUUUUAUCCUGUCUCAAUUUCUUUUGGUUUACGCUGUGCAACAAUAUUUCCACAGUGAUUAUAAAUAUAUAAAAGACAUUGAAGACUGUUUUUAUUCUAGAAUAACUAUAGAUUUAUGUAAGCUUUUGUUGCUCAAAGUUACAUCACACAAAUAACCCUGCAAUGGUGAUGAAAUAAUGUUUUUCUUGCGGUUUACUUGUUGAGGCUAACUGAUACAACAUUCUAGUCUUGUAGAUCUCUGCUGCAGGGAUCUUUCUUUACGAGCUUCAGCACACAAAUGUUAAUUCUCGAACAAUUAACCCAUUUCGAAGAAUUCAUCAGCCAUCAUAACGUACUAACGCGCAAACUUACAUUUUACUUUAGGAGAGUUUGUUAACACUUUAUUGUAGCAACAUGUAACUAGUGUGUUUAAAUAUAUGUUAAUGUAUAUAGUUGAAAAAAUAAUGCCAGUGGUGCUACAAUUUAUCAUUAAAAUAUACUAGAACACCACAAGAAAUAAAUGUGUAAUGUUAUUCUGUAAUGUACUUAGAACAACCAUAUUAGGGCGCUUAUAUAAGUCUUGUGUGUGAAUCUCGAUUGUUUGUGAGUAGAGUAAUUAUAUUUAGUGUGCGGAUUUUAUACAUUUUGUAUUAUCUUGUACCAAACGUUGAGAUUGCAUUUGAAACAAUACAUAAUAAAAAUUGA